UGCCGUUUUAUUGCGGUGCUGUGUCGUUAACCCUCCAAAUCUUGUGGACAACACAUCGUCGCGUGUACAAUGGCCUCGUCAAAAUCAGACGUCUUGCGGAUACUGUGUCUGCAUGGAUAUAGGCAGAAUGGACAGACUUUCAGGGAACGUACUGGAGCAUUCAGGAAACUUACCAAGAAACAUGCAGAAUUGGUGUUCAUCACAGCUCCGAACAUUGUUCCACCAGCGAAGGGCUCGGAGGAUGGAGAAUCCCCACAUUCUGAUGAGCGGGGAUGGUGGUUUUCACAUGAAGAUGACAGCUACAGUGCCCAAGAUGUCAGUGAGUGCUGCAAGGGAUGUGAUGAAUCUGUGGAGAUGGUCAAAAGGUCCAUUCUGGAACAGGGUCCUUUUGACGGCAUACUUGGAUUCAGCCAGGGAGCCUGCUUGUUGUCGUUAAUUUGUUGUCUUCGAGAAAGAGAUCCAGAUCUUUUCAACUUUAACUUUGCGAUUUUUAUUGCUGGGUUCAAGAGCAGGUGUAUCCCUCAUGAAAGCUUCUAUGAAACACUAGUUACUGUACCAACACUACAUGUGUUUGGGGACACUGACAAGGUCAUACCAAAAGAAAUGAGUGAAGCCCUUCUCCCAUGCUAUAAAGAGCCAGUGAUUCUGCAACAUCCCGGAGGACACUUCAUCCCAGCAUCUUCGCAACAAAAACAAGUCUACCUCCAGUUUCUUGAUAAAAUGGCUGCCAUAAAGUCCUAGUCAGCUAGGAAAUGAA